UGUGCCCAGGACGUGCUCGCUGACUGCGUGUUUUCCAUUCCAGAUGUUUCAGGACGCGGGCCAUGGACAGCUGCAACAGCAAUGCUUCUGCCAAAAGCUUUUUUCUGGUUGGGUUUCCUGCUCUUCAGGACUACCAGCUCCCGCUCUUUCUUGUCUUUCUCUUAUUCUACCUGCUCAUACUAGCCGGCAACCUCGCCAUCAUCACGGUUGUGGUGGUUGACCCAAAGCUUCACAAGCCCAUGUACUUUUUCCUAACGAAUCUCUCCGUGUUAGAUAUCCUGUUCACAACCACGACCAUUCCCAAAAUGCUGGCUAUGUUUCUGGUCGAUGCCAAAACGAUUUCUUUCCAGGCCUGUUUCCUGCAGAUGUACAGUUUCCACGGGCUAACGGUGACAGAAGCUCUGAUUCUGGUGGUCAUGUCUUACGAUCGCUAUGAAGCCAUUUGCAAUCCUUUGCAUUACGCGGUUAAAAUGACCAAGAGGAUGAACAUCCAGCUGGCAGCAAGUGCCUGGAUAACUGCCCUGAUCAUCCCGGCACCUGUCAUGAUCCAGACCUCUCAGUUAGCGUUUGGUGAAACCACCAAAGUUUAUCACUGCUUCUGUGAUCACCUGGCCGUGGUACAAGCAGCCUGCCCGGAUUUUGGUGCCACUUUUCAGACCUUCUUGGGGUUUUGCAUUGCCAUGACGGUCUCCCUUGUGCCUCUUAUGCUUGUUGUUGUGUCAUACACUCACAUCAUUAUCUCCAUAUUAAAAAUCAACUCCAAGGAAGGUCGCAGUAAAGCUUUUUCCACUUGCACCUCCCAUUUGAUUGUGGUUGGCACUUACUAUUCAUCCAUUGCUGUGGCAUAUGUCUCGUACAGAGCACGUAUGCCUAUUGAUAUCCACGUCAUGAGCAACGUGGUUUUUGCUAUUUUAACUCCUUUGUUAAAUCCCCUCAUUUACACUUUACGCAACAAGGAAGUGAAACGGGCAGUAAAACAGUUCAUUUUUUCCAAGAUCUUUCCUCUUACUAAAAAGAUGUAGUUGU